AUGGAGUGCGAUGAAGGGCUGCAACUGGAGAAGGUCGAUCUCAGCGGUGAAUUGGGCACGCUGAAGCUGUACUUGGACAUGCAAUUUGAGAAGCAGUCAGCUUUGAUCGGCUUGCUGCUAGCUCAAGGGCGCAGUACUUCAAUCACUUCCCCCUCUCUCCUGAGCCCCACCUCAGCAAAGCCGUUCGCGUUCAAGCUGCGAGAGCAAGUCAGCACCUUUUCCAGUGGUCAGGUGGACAGCGAAGGUGCUGAAAGCCACAUGCAGCUGCCGUUGCCCCAGACCCACACUCGGGAUUUAGAGGAGCAGCUGCACAUGAAGCAGGGCGAAUUGAUGCGAUCUUCAAGCGGUUUGAGGGAUAGCUCCCGGACCUCUUUUGUGCGGCACGCGCAGCUCGACCGGCAUUUGAAAGCGCAAGCCCAAGCCACGCGGAUCGCGCAUGCGAGGGCCAACACCCUGAGAGUCACCAAGCAGGUGGAGUUGGAGAAAACCAGCUUGAGAGACUUCGCUGAAAGAGUGGUGACAUCGACCGUUUUCGUCAACAUCAUUAUGGCAGUGAUUCUCUUCAAUUCCAUCCUUUUGGGAGUGGAGAUUGAUGUAUCCUCCAGGUUGGGUCAAGAGGAUAUCCCUGGCUGGUUUGCUGUGGUGAAUGCGUGUAUUGUGGCCGUGUUCCUGGGUGAGACGUUGCUGAAGAUCUAUGGCCUUGGCUGUGGUAGAUUCUGGAAGGGCGAAGAGGCGGUCUGGAAUAUUUUUGACUUCUUCAUUGUCUCGUUCUCGGUGGUGGAGACAGCCCUGGACUGGUGGGUGCAGACGAUGGCAACCUCUGCAGAUGGCAGCAAUUCCUUCCGCGUGGUCAAGACCUUGCGCCUGGCGCGCACCCUCCGUGGGGUUCGCAUCAUUCGGCUUUUCCGCUAUUUCAGCGCUUUGAGGGGUUUGAUCCUCUCCAUCUUCAGCACCAUGGGGUCUUUGCUGUGGACUUUGUUACUGCUGCUGAUUUUGUUCUACACCUUCAGCUGUAUGUUUACACAGUUGGUGACAGACCACUGCCGCUACACAACCAUUGCCAAUACAACAUCCAACACGACCAACCACAAUGCCAUACCCGAAUGCCCAGAGGAGUUGCAUUAUUUCUCCAAUGUCAUGGACGGCAUGGUGACACUCUUCAUGUCCAUCACUGGUGGGAUCAACUGGGAGGAUGCAUAUGACCCCUUGCGGGAAGUCUCAUGGGUGGCACAGUGGCUUAUGAACUUGUACAUUGUCAUCGGGUUUUUCACCAUACUCAACGUUGUAACGGGUGUGUUUGUGAACACUGCCAUUGAGAGUGCCAGUGCGGACAAAGAUAUCGCCACCCUCAAGCAGAUGCAUAAACGCCUGGAGAACAUAGCUUCUCUACGAGAGGUCUUCCAUGAGAUGGAUCAGGCAGAGACGAACGAAAUUAGCAUCGACGAGCUGGAGGUUCAGUCGUGGGUGACCUGCGUCAUGAUGUGCCAACUUUCUUUGCGUCAUGAAGCAGACAUUUGGGGACUCUUCUUGUUGAUCGAUGCAGACCACAACGGGGUAGUAGAUAUCGAUGAGUUUGUCAAUGGAUGCAUGCAACUGCGGGGCCCAGCGAAGAGCCUUCAAGUGGCCAAGAUGAGCAGCUUGGAGCCGAACGGGUCACAGGUCAGAUGA